AUGCUCCCACAGGCCAUCCUCCUCCUGCUAGGCGCCGCCGUCCUCGGCCGCUGUCAGGAAGCAAGCGGCUGCGAUGCUCGCUGCAAGGCGGUGUUUGAAGCGGCCCUCGCGGCCGAGGCCGUCAACUGGGCCACCGACGACGUCACCGACGACGCCUUCUACGACACGCCGGGCAACUUUUCCGACUCGUCCAGGCCCGGCGACCUCCUGCGCUGGCAGGACCUCAGCUCGUCGGACCUGGCGUCCAACUUCACGCUGGUGCCGACGGGCAUGUCCCUGUCCCGGUUCAUCUACGUGACCGAAGACAAGGACCGCAACCCCAUCCCCUCCAGCGGCUACGUGCUGCUGCCCUACUCCAUCCCCGACGGGCGCGACAGGUUCCGCACCAUCGCCUGGGCGCACGGCACGGCCGGCAACGCGCGCAAGUGCGCCCCGAGCAACAACCAACGCCUCGACUACAGCUGGCUGGCGCCGUUCCUGUACGCGUCGCACGGGUACGCCGUCGUGGGGACCGACUUUGCGGGGCUCGGCGUCGAGAUCCCCACGACGUUCCAGUACGAGGCGGGGCACCUGCACGCCGCCGACGUCGCGUAUUCCGUCACGGCCGCGCGCAAGGUCCUCGGCCACCUGCUGUCCGAGGAGUGGGUCGUCGCCGGCCACAGCGAGGGCGGCAUGACGGCCUGGAGGACCAACGAACGCCUGGCCAUGCCGGGCCAGGAAGACCUGCUCAAGGCGGGCAAGUUCCUCGGCGCCGCGUCCAUCGCACCGGCCCUCCAGCCCAUCAAGCUGAUCCCCAGGGAGAUCGAGCUCGCCAAGGGCGGGAACAUCGAGAUCGUGUCGGUUUACCUGCUGCAGGCGCUGUCGGGCCUUUACCCGGACGCCAUCAAGAUGGAAGAUCACCUGACCGAAAACGCCCUGUCGCUUCUACCGUACAUCAACCAAGGCUGUAUCCGCACGGGCUCGUCCAUCAUGGCGCUGUUCAACGUCAGCGAGAUCUACAAAAGCACAAGCUGGAUCACGGGACCCGUGAUGCAGAAGUGGCAGAAAGAAAUCAACGGCGCCGGGCCGCACAAGCUAGCGGGGCCCAUGCUCGUCGUGCAGGGCGAGGCUGACGCUCUGACGUACGCCGAGUUCGCCGAGGAGGAUUUCGAUGCCACGUGCAAGGAGUUUCCGGACUCCAGCGUCGAGUACUACAAGGUGCCUGGCGCCGGGCACGGGACCAGCCUCGAGGCGAGCGCGCUUUACUACAUCCCCUGGAUCAAAUCGCUUUUCGAAGGCAAGAGCCCCGGGCCUGGGUGCAGGAAGGUGACUGCGAAGCCUGUGACGGAUCGGUUCGGCAGGGAUCAAAAGGGGCCGCUGUCUUGA